AUGACUGAGGAAGAGGAACAGCAAAUGUUCGCUGAACUUGACAAAUUGAUUUCUGAUCGUGCCGGUCGACCAUUAUGCGGCCUUUCCCCUGAAGCGCCGAGUAGGAAUACUGUAGAUCUUCGAAAGAACAUAAUAAAAAACUUCCUUAGAGAUCACCUGUUCAAACGCAAAGCUCGUUGUCCCCUGUGCAAGGGUUUCAACGGGCAAAUUCGCAACGAUGGUGCUCGAUGUAUCCUUAUUGACUUCACAGUUCAUGGAAAGAAACGGAAAAAGUUGGACUUGUUCAAAAGCGGAUUUGAGGGUGAAGAUAUAGAGGAGGAAGUAGACUCUGCAGGUGAAGAGAAAGAGAAUAAGACAACUAUGUUAACGGAUGCUAGCUAUGGGAAUGCUGACGUGUCUGAAGGUGCAUUGGAAUUGCAAAUGAGAUCAGUUCAAAGUGGGGCUUGUGAGAAGCUCGCCUGGCGUGCUGCUGAAAUACGCGAACACUUUCGUCUUCUGUUCAAAACUGAAGGGAAAGUUCUGUUGAAAUUGUUCCCUAUGCUGGUUGAUGAAGGAGCCGGUGGUCUAUGCCCGCUUGAUGGGUUGUUUUGUGAGCUGAUUAUGGUACCUCCAACAAAAUUCCGUCCAAUUCGGCUCUUCAAGGGUGAAAGAUAUGAGAACCCUCAGUCAGUAAAUCUUCGGCGGGUGCUUGAAGCCUCGGAGACAAUAAAAGCUGUGGCUCUGGUUCUUAAUGGUGAUAAGAGCCCUAAACUCAUGGAACUGAUCACGAAUCGGACGCAAGGGAAGACAAUGAACGCAAGGAUGCAUUUUGCUUAUUUAGCUCUUCAACAACGGGUCAAUGCCAUUUAUGACGAGGAACUUGAUAAACACGACCAGAACAGAAUUCCUGGAAUUAAGCAAAUUCUGGAAAAGAAGCAGGGGCUCUUCAGAAUGAAUAUGAUGGGAAAACGUGUGAAUUUCGCUUGCAGAUCUGUGAUCACGCCCGAUCCGUACCUUGACAUCGACGAAAUAGGAAUCCCAGAAAUCUUCGCAAAGAAGCUGACGUUUACUGAACCGGUAAAUCUGUUUAACAAGGCACACCUGCGGAAACUAGUGACUAAUGGCCCCAGUGUGCAUCCCGGUGCAAAUUUUGUUGUGUCUGAUACUGGUAGGAAGCAAGUGUUAGCAAGUGAUUCAGUUGAUCCCCAAGCUCGAUACAAACGUGUAGCUGCUGCUUCACAUCUUAUGCCAGCAAACACUGAUAAACUACGUCAACCCAUGAAGGUGUUACGCCAUUUGCGGAACGGAGACAUGAUGAUGAUGAACCGUCAGCCAUCGCUUCACAAACCUUCCAUACAAGGGCAUCGAGCCCGUGUAAUCACUGGUCAGCGUGCUCUGCGAAUGAAUUACGCCCCAUGCAAAGCCUAUAAUGCUGAUUUUGAUGGUGAUGAGAUGAAUGGACAUUUGGUGCAGAGCCAUAUAGCGCAGUGUGAGGUCGCGGAAUUAGCCAAUGUUGGGAGCAAUUUCCUUGUUCCCAAGGAUGCCACACCCCUUCUGGGAUUGAUCCAGGAUCAUGUUGUGUCUGGUGUACUACUGACGAUUAGAGGACGGUUCUUGACCAAGGAAGACUUCAUGCACCUCGUAUUGUCGGCAUUUGCGGAGCACACGAAACGUAUUGAAAUCCCUCCACCAGCUAUGAUAAAACCACGCCAAAUGUGGAGUGGGAAAACAGGUCAUCUCAUGCAUUGUCAAGAAUUGCAUCCCAAAGGGCAAACCGCUGAUCAACCUCACCUCGAAAUCAAAGACACCUUUGUCGUGCUGGAAAGUGCGAGGCAAGGUGAGCUGUUGGUGGGCGUUUUGGAUAAGCAGCAUUAUGGUGCUACGCAGUACGGAUUGGUUCACAGCUGCUUCGAGCUGUACGGGCAUAGAGUAGGGGUCCAGAUCCUGUCCUGUUUCUCUCGUCUCUUUACAACACACCUGCAGAUACAUGGGUUCACACUUGGUGUUGCUGAUAUCCUUGUCAGAAAGGAUGCAGAUAAACUCAGAAAACAGGCCAUUAGGGAAUCCAGAACGAUUGGAGAUCAAGUUGUACGUAACGCUUUCGGUCUCGACGAAAAUGUUUCACAUGAAGAGAUUGAUCGUAUUUUGGCAUCGACAUACUGUAAUCCGAGAGGGCAAGGACAAGAUGUGAAAAUGCUUGAUUACGCCAUGAAACAAGCCAUCGCGAAAUAUAACGAUGCUAUAACAAAAGCUUGUGUUCCGGAUGGUUUAAUUCGGCAGUUCCCAGAAAACGCUCUACAAGUCAUGAUUCAAUCUGGCGCCAAGGGAUCGGCUGUGAAUGCCAUACAGAUUUCUUGUUGUCUUGGCCAGAUUGAGCUAGAGGGUAAACGUAUGGCCGUUACAGUUGCAGGAAGAACUUUGCCAUCGUUCAGAGCAUUCGAUCCAUCACCUCGUGCUGGCGGCUAUAUCGACCAACGUUUCCUGACAGGAAUAAAUCCUCAGGAGCUGUUCUUCCAUACUAUGGCCGGAAGAGAGGGUCUAAUUGAUACUGCUGUUAAAACAUCUCGCUCUGGAUAUUUACAAAGAUGUCUGAUCAAGCACUUGGAGGGCCUGAGGAUUCAUUAUGACGGAACUGUCAGAGAUCACGAUGGCUCGGUCGUGCAGUUCCGGUAUGGAGAAGAUGGUCUCGACGUCAUAAAAUCAACAUAUAUAAACCCGAAAACGUUCCCUUUCCUUAAAGACAAUCUGGAUGCUGUUAUACAAUGUUCGAAACCAGAAGAAGCUCGGGACUAUGAUUAUAAUGUCGAAGCUGCUGAAAAACAAUACCGUAAGGUAACUAGAGUUUCGGAGUUCAAUGUAAACAGUACCCUCGGUGCAUUACCAGAGAAAACGCUAGAUUCUAUUCACAAAUUUUCCGGCAAAAAUGAUAAACUUCGGCGAUCACUUUUCUGGAAAGGUAUGCGUUCUCUGGCUGAACCUGGUGAAAAUGUUGGAUUGUUGGCUGCGCAGUCGAUUGGAGAACCGUCAACACAAAUGACUUUGAAUACAUUCCAUUUCGCCGGUAUGCGUUCUCUGGCUGAACCUGGUGAAAAUGUUGGAUUGUUGGCUGCGCAGUCGAUUGGAGAACCGUCAACACAAAUGACUUUGAAUACAUUCCAUUUCGCCGGUAGAGGAGAAAUGAACGUAACCUUGGGUAUUCCACGUCUGCGCGAAAUUCUUAUGACUGCAUCUGAUCACAUAGCUACUCCAUGUGCAAAGCAUGGAGAAGGUCUCGCUUAG